CCCAGCAGUGCAGACACUUCUCAUGUGGAUCAGCUGCGGUUUGUCUUCACUGUCUGCAGAACAGGAUCUCCGUCUGACAACGUUCGUUUCUGGAAUAAAACCAAAGAAAAAGCAUCAGAACCUGCCGGAGCCGAACUCUAGAACCUCCUACAGCCUCCACCAUCUGACUGCUACAGAACAAACUGCUGUGUUGAGUCUCCACCGUCUGCUCAGCCAUGCAGCUCUUCAGCUUCUGGGUCCUAACAGUCCUGACUGCAGUCCUAUCAGGUCAGCAGACACUGGCUAACUUCAUCGAAACCACAUGGAGGGAUCUGAAUGACCCGGCCACUCUGUACUGUUCACAGCCCUGUUCAGGGGUGGAAACCUGGGAGAGGAGUGGACUGAAAGUGGCCGAAUGUGGAGUUAAAGAAGAGUCGGAGUUCAGCUGUGAGAGACACCUGGACCAGAGUAGCCUCACCGUUCCUCAGGUUAAUUACACCACCAGAGGAUUUUAUCACACCAAAUGUAGCGGAGAAGUGAUCUGCUUCCAGAACCUCCAGCCCAAGCCUCACAGCUCUUCUGUUGAAGUACCAGCUGGAGAUCCCCUCACCUUGGAUCUGUUCACGUUCCAUCCAGUGACUCUAACGUUCUCCCGGACUGAUGGAGGAUCUGUAACCCCUGUCCAGAUGUGCACUGUGGAUGGACGUUCCGUGCUCUGUAAUGCGGGGUAUGAAGACAGAGUGUCAGUGUGUGGUAACUCCAUGGUGCUGAGAGACGUGGUGUCUGCUGACUCUGGAGUCUACACGGUGCGAGAGGUCAAGGAUGGAGCGGCCCUCAUACGGACAGUGUCGGUCACUGUUAAAGAUGUUCAGCAGAACUGGAUCUGGAAGGAUGAAUAUCAGAAGGGAAACAGUGAUGGAUUUCAGAAGGGAUUGAAAAUCGGAGCACUGGGAUUUGGGAUUGGAGCGCUGGUUCUUGGUGUGAUUCUGGGGUUCUAUGCUGUGCCGAGGGGGCUUUAUCUGAUGGACAGAUGUGUCCAGAGGCUCAGAAGACGAGACUCCUCACGCAUGAAUCAAACUGAGAAUGUGGAAAAGAGUGUUCCCCUGACAUGA